AUGACAUUGCCGAGACUCCUGCCCAAGAACUGGACGCCGCCACUUCCAAAGGGAGGUCGAUGGCUUCAACAAAAAAAAGAUUUCACGCCUUUGCCAUCUAUCCCCGAUGAUACUGCUGCGAGCGACGCAGCCUCAAGACAAGAAACACCCACAAAGGUUGUUGCAGAGCGACCUUCCCGCAUUAACGACGAGACAGACUUAGCAGAGUCUGAAGAUGAAGUUGAGAAGAAGCUCCAGGAGCAACAGUUGGAGCCAGGAACAGACAAGCACUGGAUCAAGCCUUCCGAGAAGGAAAUCAAGCCCCCGAUCAUCCGAGAUGGCGUUUCAGAACACGCCAUUAAACCCACAGUUGCUUUGUUCAAGAAGAAAAUAGCCGCUAGGCAAGGUUUCAAUCACGAUACAAGCGACAAGUCCAAUCAAAAGUACAACUGGGAAAUCGACUGGACCACGCCGGCGUCCUUGACUGAGCGCAAAUCACAAGCCGUAGCAGCGGAACUAGAACAUAGGGGAAUCAAGACCAGCAAGCAAUACAGCAACUUUUGGUACAACCUUACGAUGAAGUUUUCAAGACUUGCAGGCUCGCCGAUUCCGCUUUUUACAGCAAAGAAAAAGGCACUCGACACAUUUGUUGAGGAGGCCAUGCAGAACCAGGAAAUCAGACGGCGGAACAAAAACAAGGCCACUGUAGCGGAAAAGAAAGCGAGGCGUCGAGAGAAGAAGAAGAAGAAGAAGCAGAAGCAGAAGACACAGCCCAAAGAUGUGGAUGCAUUUCUCAUUCCCGGAGAUACAGACGCUAAGAGUGAAUCCGAAGAUUCCGAUUCCGAUCUCAACGGAACCGAUCUGAUCGCCAAAAUGCGGGCAGAUACCGAGAAACGGCAGAGGACAUAUGGAGGCGGAACUAGCUGUGGACGUCGAAGCAAGUAA